AUUAUAUUCAAAUACUACGAGAAUUAUUUGAAUGCAAAUUAAGUAUUAUAUCCAGUAACUCAUAAUCAUGGUUCAAAUAACAGUAGACAUGGUCCGAAAAAAGGCAGAGCACCACGAAUGUCUGUUGGCUCCUUUGGAGGAGAUUGCACUUCACCAGGAAAACAUUGAGAAGAUUGAACACCUUCAAGACUGGUGCCCUAAGCUCAAAAUAUUACUAAUGCAAAACAAUCUCAUCGCCAAAAUUGAAAAUUUAAAUAAAUUAAAAUUUCUGAAGUAUCUCAAUUUAGCUCUGAACAAUAUUGAAGUAAUUGAAAACCUAGAGAGAUGUGAAUCACUACAAAAAUUAGAUCUGACACUGAAUUUUAUUGGAGAAAUUGUAAGUGUUGAAUCUCUGACUGAUAAUUAUAAUUUGGAAAAUCUUUAUCUAACUGGAAAUCCCUGUACUGAUUAUGAAAACUAUAGAGAUUUUGUAAUUGGUACUCUACCACAACUAACCAGCCUCGAUGGCAAAGACAUUGAACGAUCAGAACGAAUAAAAGCAUUGCAAAAUCUACCAAUCAUACGAUCGGAUAUUAUAUUUGAACAAGAAAAUUAUCGAGGUCAAAGAAGAGCACAAAAAUUAAGAUUGGAAAGAGAUAUACGAAAUAAAUGGGAAAAUGAUUAUAAGGACUUGGAUCUUGAUGAACGAAACAAAAGAUUUUGGGCUGAGAAAUGUGAACAUGCACCUGAAGUACGUUAUGAAAUAGAGAAAAUGAGACAAUUGAAAAUAAAAGGCAAUGAAACUGAAGUGAAAUGUGAAGAAAAACGUGAGUUCAAGCUAUUUGCACCUGAUGGUCGUCCUUUCAACAUAAAUCAGGCAAAAAUCGGUUUUAAAUUCAAAGACAAUGAACCUGAUAAAUACAUUUUGGAUUUGGCAAUUUAUAGAUAUUUAGAUACAAGCUUAGUUGAUAUAGAUGUCCAGCCCAAUUACGUCCGAGUGACAUUAAAGGGGAAGAUUUUCCAACUACAUCUACCUGAAGAAGUUGACAUCACCAAUUCUACAGCAAUAAGGUCGCAGAUAACUGGACGCUUACUUGUAACAAUGCCGAAAGCAAAUGCAAUGAUACAAACGAAAAAAAUAAAGAAAAAUGGGGAAUAUGACUCUCCCCAUUGCCCUGACCAAGAGUGCAGUGUAAUAGUGGAACAAACAAAGAGAGAGUACUUAGAAAUUGGACCCGCCGACCGGGUUUUGGACUUCACUAAAAUGACUCAAGCCCAGAAUAAAUCGCCAUAUUAUGUAGAUCCACGAAUGAAGAUGGACGAAAAAGUACCAUCACCUGGUUUUAUAGAUAAUCCAGAAGUACCCGAACUUGCAUGAAGUGUUGAAUUGUAAACAAUCCCUACUAAUACUUGAAAUGUGAAACGACAUAGAAGAGCUCCGCCAGUAGCGAAAAAAGAACAGUUUGUAUGUAUUCUUUAUUUGAAAAGUAAACUAAAAAAAUGCUGCCCAAAUUAAGUAUUCCACACGGACGAAGCCGCCAGUAAAAGCUAGUUUUCAAUAAA